AAACUCUUCCACGAUUCUACAAUAAUUGAGGGUACUAACGUCUCAGGUGCAGAAAUUAGGAGUAUUUCGUCGCCAUCAAAGAACCCCUACUUUCCCAAAUCCCAAAUCCUAAUUCCCCAAUAUUUUCAUCAAACCCCUAAUCAUGCUUCUAAAUUUCUUCUUAAACUAAUUGAUCGUAAGGAUUUUCAAAUUCGAAAACCCUAGAAAUGGAAGGUCAGUCAGUUCGAUCGAGAACUACGUCACAUUCUCCAUCACCAUCAUCAUAUUCAGCUUCAGCUUCAGUUAGUUCAUCUCUGCAUAAUAAGCGCAAGUUAGAUGAACAUCUACCGAGUAAUUUUCCAUACUCUUAUUCAGAUACUACUAAAGAUGACGAACUUGAAAGUAUGAGUGCUCGUCGCGGCGGUUGUGGUGAUUCAGAAUUUGAAAAUGAUUCUGAAGAUGUAGUUGUUGAAGAUGAUGAUGAUCCUGAUGCUGAUAUUGGUGAUGAGGAGGAAGAAGAAGAUAAUGAUGAUUCAAUGAGGGUAUUUACGAAUGCACGGUUAGAGAAUAGUUCUAGGAAAACGAAAAUCAAGUUGGAGAAUUCUUUACUAAAGAUUGAUUCUGAUAUUCAAAAACUGACGGCAAGUAAUGCUUUAGCACCAGUAGUUGGUUCAGGAACUGGAGUGAAAGAGAUUCUUACUGAGAAUUUACAAGCAAGUGGAGCUUAUAGUGCAAGAGAAGAGAGCUUGAAAAGAGAGGAAGAAACAGGAAGACUCAAGUUUGUGUGCUAUGCGAAUGAUGGAGUUGAUCAGCAUAUGAUUUGGUUGAUAGGGUUGAAGAAUAUCUUUGCUAGACAACUUCCUAAUAUGCCCAAGGAAUACAUUGUUCGUCUUGUUAUGGACAGAAGUCACAAAUCUGUUAUGGUUAUCAGACACAAUCAUGUUGUUGGUGGCAUAACCUUCCGUCCAUAUGUCAGUCAGAAAUUUGGGGAGAUAGCUUUCCUUGCAAUUACAGCAGAUGAACAAGUGAAAGGCUACGGUACAAGACUUAUGAAUCAUUUAAAACAGCAUGCACGUGAUGUGGAUGGCCUCACUCAUUUUUUAACCUACGCAGACAAUAAUGCCGUAGGAUACUUUAUUAAGCAGGGUUUCACAAAAGAGAUCAACCUGGACAAGGAUAGAUGGCAAGGAUAUAUCAAAGAGUAUGAUGGAGGGAUACUGAUGGAAUGCAGAAUUGAUCCGAAGCUUCCGUAUACUGAUUUAUCAACUAUGAUUCGCCAACAGAGACAGGCAAUAGAUGAAAAGAUUAGAGAACUCUCUAACUGUCACAUUGUCUACCCAGGAAUUGACUUUCAAAAGAAAGAAGCCGGUAUUCCUAAAAAGAUCAUCAAAGUUGAGGAUAUUCCUGGUUUGAGGGAAGCUGGCUGGACUCCUGAUCAAUGGGGUCAUUCACGAUAUAAAACUCUAAAUUCCUCUGCAGACAGUACUGAUUUCCGCCAGUCAUUGAUCACCUUCAUGCGCACACUUUUGAAGAUGAUGCAUGACCAUCCGGAUGCUUGGCCCUUUAAGGAACCAGUUGAUCCACGUGAUGUGCCUGACUAUUAUGACGUCAUCAAAGAUCCCAUGGAUUUAAGGACAAUGUCAAAGAGGCUUGAGUCUGGACAAUAUUAUCUUACUUUGGAGAUGUUUAUUGCGGAUGUGAAAAGAAUGUGUGCUAAUGCGCGCACAUACAACUCCCCAGAAACCAUUUAUUAUAAAUGUGCAACCAGAUUGGAGAACUUCUUUAAUAUGAAAAUCCAGGCUGGUCUUCAAGCUUGUAGCAAAGUUCAGCAAUAAAUUCUUGUAGGUGUAAAAAUCCCAUACAAAAGAAGAACUUUAUUAUGGCCACAUGUCAACCUUGAGCUUUGGUCAUCACAUAGAUAGCAGGCAAAGUUCGCGAAGAAACUAAUUCUGUAGGCAAGAUAGUAAUGUUUUAGUAGCCCUAAAAUUGCAUUGUUGUAUUUAUUGUGUAUAGUGGAUUAAGUAUUUAACUUUUCAGUUUGAGAAUGUUUGUUAUGAAUAUUUUACAGUUCAGUCCCAGAAUAAAAACAAGAGUACAUUAUAGGUAAUCCGGAGGUGUAGAAUUAGCUGUUUGGGUAAAUGAAAGAAAAAGAUUAUCUUCA